AUGAAUGCACGCGGUGAAGAGAAAUGCAGGAGAGUAGGUUUGAGUAAGAGGAAAAGGAAUAAAAAUCUUUCAGAGAAGGCAACAUGUAGUGGUCAUGGGGAAGAUUCUCCUUACUUUGCAGGUUGGGAGGAAUACAGAAGGAAUCCAUAUGACCCCUUACACAAUCCCUCUGGGAUUAUCCAGAUGGGCCUUGCAGAGAAUAGGUUGUCUUCUGGUGUAGUGGAGGAAUGGUUGUCAAAUCACCCAGAAGCAUUAAUGAUUUCCAACCGGGAUUUGCUGAAAGACUUGGCACUUUAUCAGGAUUACCAUGGAAUGCCAGCGUUCAGAACGGCUUUAGCGAAUUUCAUGGGGGCAUUGGGAAGAAACAAAGUGAAAUUUGAAGCUGAGAGGAUAGUAAAUACUGCUGGAACAACUGCCGCCAACGAGGUAUUAAUGUUCUGUCUUGCUGAUCCUGGUGAUGUGUUCCUAGUGCCAUCUCCAUAUUACCCAGGCUUUGAUAGAGAUCUGAGGUGGCGAACGGGUGUAGAGAUCGUGCCUAUACAUUGUUACAGCUCCAACAAUUUUCAAAUCACCAAAUCAGCAGUAAAAUCAGCAUACAAGGACAGCCAGAAUCGAAACAAGAAUGUCCGAGGAAUUCUUAUAACAAAUCCAUGUAAUCCUCUGGGCACGACAUCAAGUGCUAAGACUUUGAAGAUGCUGCUAGAUUUCACCCAGAAGAAGAAAAUACAUCUUGUAUGCGAUGAGAUCUACUCGGGAUCAGUCUUUUCUUCUCCUCAGUUUCACAGCAUUGCAGAAAUUGUGACCAGGGAAUCUUCUACUCCUGAUAAUGUCCAUAUAGUCUAUGGUUUGUCUAAAGACCUGGGCCUUCCAGGCUUCAGAGUUGGUGCCAUAUAUUCCUAUAACAAUACUGUAGUCACUGCAGCUAGAAGAAUGUCUAGCUUUUGCAUGAUUUCUUCACAGACGCAAUAUUUAUUAUCAUGCAUGCUUUCAGAUUCUGACUUCGUUGAAUGUUAUAUAGCAGAGAACAAGAAAAGGCUAGAAGAGAGGCAUAAAUUGCUUGUCUCAGGGUUUGCUAAAGCGGGCAUUAAGCAUUUGAAUGGCAACGCCGGUCUUUUCUGUUGGGUCAAUAUGAGUCAUCUGCUAACCUCAAACGACCUAGAGGGAGAACUAAAACUAUGGAAAAGCAUAUUAUACGAAACCAAACUGAAUAUAUCUCCUGGAUCUUCGUUCAAUUGCAUGGAGCCUGGAUGGUUUAGAGUCUGCUUUGCUGAAUCAAAUAUAACCACCAUGGAAGUUGCACUACAGAGGCUUCAAAGAUUUGCUGAGAAAUACAAAGCCAUGUACUAA